UAUCUACCGGUAAAAAGACGAUUUUUCAUUGUAUCCACAAGUAGGACUGUAGAAGGAAGUGAGCGCUAAGUACAGCUCACCACUAAUGGAUAUAUAAUGUCAGUAUUACUCAAGUCCCUGAGAAUAGCAGUCGCGGUUUCAGCGUUCAACCUAAUCGGUAAAAAAGCAGUGACCGCAGCAGCAAGCAGAACUAUGGCUUCAAAAAUUCCAUCUUUCACGUUGAACAAUGGCAGAGAGAUGCCUUCAAUCGGUUAUGGUACAUGGCAGGCAAAAGACGAUGAACUUGAAAAAGCAGUGGAAGCAGCCUUAGAAGCAGGUUACAGACAUAUCGAUACAGCUUACGUAUAUGAAAAUGAGAAGGUCAUUGGAAAAGUAUUAAAGCGUUGGCUCGAUGAAGGAAAAGUAAAACGAGAAGAUAUUUUCUUGGUAACGAAACUUCCACCUGGUGGUGGUCGUCCCGAAGGAGUUUCAAAGUACAUCAAUAAAUCUCUAGAAAAUCUACAAGUGGAUUAUGUUGACUUGUACCUUAUUCAUGUACCAUUUUCUUUCAAAGAGGUUGAUGGUCAAAUCCAUCCCACUAAGCCUGAUGGUACUAUUGAUAUGGAUACUUCAACUGAUCAUGUUGCCAUAUGGAAGGAAAUGGAAAAACAGAUGGAUAGCGGAAAAACUAAGGCAAUCGGAUUGUCGAACUUCAACAAAACGCAAAUAGAAAGGGUAUUGAAGAACUGCAGGAUAAGACCCAGUACUCUUCAGGUCGAACUUCAUGCGUAUCUUCAGCAGAACGAAUUGGUUGAUUUUUGCAAACAGAAUAAUAUCAUCGUAACAGCUUAUUCUCCACUUGGUUCACCAGGUUUAGCAGCAUUCGUUUCUAAUUUCGGACAAAAAAUUGAUUUACCAGACAUUCUUGGAAACCCUACUAUCAAAGCCAUUGCUAAAAAGCAUUCCAAAACAGAAGCACAAGUAGUAUUGCGUUUCGACAUUCAGAGAGGAAUAAUACCGAUUCCAAAAAGUACAAACCCUGCCAGACUCAGACAAAAUCUCGACGUUUUUGAUUUCGAACUAGAUGAGGAGGAUCUGAAACAAUUGAAGGGUUUGGAUGCAGGAGUCAGGAUUUUGAACUUCAUGGUGUUCAAAGGGAUACAACAUCAUCCCGAAUAUCCUUUCAAGAAUGAAAUCAAGGAAUAAGUUUGAGAACUCAAAAUUCUCAUUCUUCAAAAGAGAAAAUAAGAUAAGAAUAUGAAAUGAUCACAUCACCUGAUAUAAUAGUUUUAGUUGAAUCAAAAAUUCUUUUUGAUUGUUGAAUAUAAAUAGGAAUAAUUAAUUCAAAUUUUAUUUGUUGAAGAAUAAUUGUCAAAUAUAUAAUAAUAAAACCAAAUAACGAAA